UAUUUUUUUGUUUGACGAGAGAUUUUUUUAGUUAGUUUUGAAACUAAUAGCCGAACCGCCUGUGCAAGAGAUUUUUUAAAUUAAUAGCCGAACCGCCGGUUUGGAACGAAUGGGCAAGAUCCAUGGCUUAGUUUUUCUUCACUGUCGCCGCCGAUCUUCUCCGUUUGGCGUCGAAGAGGCGUAGAUCGAAUCCAGUAGAAGUUGUUUAAGAUCUUAGAUUUCAAAGUUAGGGCGAUGAAUCCCGAGGCUGCACGGACUGCGCGGGAAUCGCUGGAUUUGGUGUUCAGAAUGUCGAAUAUUCUCGAAACCGGCCUCGAUCGGCACACGCUUUCGAUCCUCAUUGCGCUUUGUGAAAUGGGAGUCAAUCCGGAAUCUCUGGCCGCCGUCGUUAAGGAGCUGCGCAGGGAAUCACCGGAGUCUUCUUCCGCCGCUGCUCCAGAAGCAGAUCCAUCGCCUCCUUGACGAGGUGGGAGCCAUGAGAGAUUGAAUUACUAGGAGCAGAAAAUGUCAGUCGGCUGAGAAGGAAUUGGUGUGCAUUGUAGCAUAGUGAUUUGGGUAGAAGCAAGCUCAAUAUAUUGUAUCUCAAUCUCUCCACAUAAAAUAGGAUGGGAUCUACUUAUUUUGUUUAUGUAAUCCAUGAAUUGUCUUUACAUCAAAUUGAAUUAAUGA